GCGCACAGAAAAAUGAGCCAUAAAUAAAAUAUUCACCUCUGUUAUUCAUUCAACACGGAAUAAGCAAGAAGAUAUAUCAGCAAAAAUCCACAAUAACAACAAAAUGGUGAAUUUUGAUGGCAGCAAAAACAGUAAUCAGAAGGUAAAUGGCAGUAAUCAACAGUCGCAACAAAAUUCUAGGAAAUCUAGCCAGGCAGCAUCAGGGGCCUCAAGGACGGUUUUCCAGGGCUCUGAGAGACAGCGUCUGCUGUAUAUUGAACGUGAGUCAUACUGUGCAGUAGAGGCUGAUCUGAAACGAACUUGGGAACACCCUGAAAGUCGCCACUUCGGAAUACCAUAUUGGGAGAGCCACGCAUUCGAUCCGCCAAGAAACGGGGGUGUGAACGAACCGCGAGAGCCGUUCGGAGUAAAAGCCUUGGAUAUUCAGUCCGAUAAAUUCCAAGGAAGACGCCAUUUCCCUAAAAAGCAGGGUCAAAGCAACAUUACUUAUAUGUGACUUGUUGCUUCCAAAAGAAUACUGUGAUCAGAAACAACACACGAAGCAGAAGGCAGACAAAGAAGAACGAAGAGGAGAUUCUUAAUGUCAAAUAAGAUUACUGAAUAAUGAAUAUUUUAAAUGGUGAUAAAAUUUACCCAUUGCAAUCA